AUGGGAGGGUGCAUGCGACCUUGUCUUCGGGAAGUUAGAGAGCUAGUUGGGGAAGACCAGGAGAGCUGGUUGGGGAAGACCAGGAGAGCUGGUUGGGGAAGACCAGGAGAGCUGGUUGGGGAAGACCAGGAGAGCUGGUUGGGGAAGACCAGGAGAGAUGGUUGGGGAAGACCAGGAGAGCUGGUUGGGGAAGACCAGGAGAGCUGGUUGGGGAAGACCAGGAGAGCUGGUUGGGGAAGACCAGGAGAGAUGUGUUGGCCUCAGUCCUACACAGCUCCAAAAUCGUCCGAAUCGUUGUGGAUGAAGAGCAUCUGA